AUGGAAGUCGCGCCGGGCCCCGGCGACCGAGCUCGAGUAGCCGGAGCGGAGGGGGCAGCCUCCGUCGCCUCACAACGAGGAGGCCGGAGAUCCCCCCAACAACACGCGAGAACCCGACCGUUCGGGGGAACGGGCGGCGAUAGCGCCAUAAUAAUGCAGGAGCUACGCCACAGAGUCCAGAACCUUGAACGACAGCUAGCCGACCGGGAGAGGGAUGGAUGGUCUACCGAUCCAAGCUACACCCCGUCUCCCGGGGGCGAGGAGGAAGAGAGCUCUCACCGAAGCCACUCACGGCGUAUAUCUGCAUCCCGGACGGAAACAGAGGAAUCACCUAUUCCAAGAAGACGGAACGACACGGUCAUCUACUCUCGCGGCAGACAAACUCGCCGAACGACAAGAGGUCGUGAGGACGGAGAAGGGAAAACCGAGAGAACACGACAACCUGUGAUAAUGGGUGCCACGCCGUUCCACCGAUCUAUCCUCGAGGUCCGGUUGCCGAAACACUUCGACAAACCGACGGACAUGAGGUAUGACGGAACCCAAGACCCUUUAGAACAUCUCACGGCCUUUGAGGCUAGAAUGAACCUAGAGGGAGUAGGCGACGAGGUAAGGUGCCGCGCCUUCCCGGUAACCUUAGCAGGACCAGCGAUCAGAUGGUUUAAUGGCCUCCCUCAAGGCUCCAUUUACAGUUUCCCGGACAUCAGCCGCACCUUCCUGGCCCAAUUCACAACACGAAUAGCAAAAGCCAAGCAUCCUAUCAACCUUCUCGGGGUAACCCAGAGACAGGGAGAGCCGACCAGAAGGUACUUGGAUCGGUUCAACGACGAAUGCUUGGAAAUCGACGGCUUAACCGACUCGGUGGCCAGUCUCUGCCUGACGAAUGGCCUCCUCAACGAGAACUUUCGAAAACACCUCACCACGAAGCCGGUUUGGACAAUGCAUGAAAUCCAAACGGUGGCGAAGGAGUACAUAAACGACGAGGAGGUCAGCCGAGUCGUGGCAGCCAAUAAGCGGCAGCCCGGUUACGGCCAGGCUCGGCAGUCCGGAGGAGACGGUGAAAGAACAAAGGAAAAGGCUAGAGAGGAGGCAUCGAACAAGGCACCUAGGCCGUUCCCUCGAGUUGGGAAAUUUACUAACUACACUCCACUCGCCCUUCCCAUAGUGGAAGUUUACCAACAAAUAGCUGAGAAGGGAAUUCUUCCGAAACCCCGACCACUCAAGGACCGCACGGGUGGAAACAAGAACCUUUAUUGUGAUUACCAUAAGGGAUACGGCCAUCAAACACAGGACUGUUUCGACCUGAAGGAUGCAUUAGAACAGGCGAUAAGGGACCCAUUACUGACAUGUAUAUAA